CCAUCUUCUGGCCAGAACGAAUCAAUCAAAGCUCUCAUUCAUGGCUGCAAAAAUUCCAAGCAAUUAGGUAGGGCAAUUUUCACCUAAUUGUAAAGGGAUUCAGUUCCCUGACUAAAAUUUGCUACUAAUACUAACAAUCCCAGCUGAUCAUGUGGAGGUGCUGUUAUUACAUCGUGAACAUGGUACAUUACUGGAAGAAAGUAGAGGAACAUUACCUCUGCACAUAUCGAACUUAACCCAAUAGUGCAACAGAUGUAAACAUAUUUCUUGCACCUCUGUCACCUUUCCUCCUCAAUUAUUACAAAAUGUACACCCUCCACAACCAGUUAUAUGAAAACAUGAGUGCCUUUUCAUGGCUUUCAGAAAACUAUCAAAGCAUUGUACAAUAAAUUACUUUCAAGUGCAGGGAUCAUUAUGUAGUCACAUCUGGCAGCCAUUUUGCACACUCUAUAAGACCCUACAAAGAGCCAGAAGAUGAAUGAAUAGUAGAUCUGUGUUUGCUGGUGUUAGUUGUGGGAUGAAGUUUGCAGGAAAUAAACAAGGGAACUAAUUCUCUUUGGCUAUGCCAAACAUAUCUCAGCUAUUGGAAUAAGCAGAUGAGGCUUUGAUUCAUCAUCCAAUUUAAAGGAUGUCACGUCUGGAAUAAAGAAGGCCGCACCAUUGUUGCAGGCUUAUUAUGUGUUGAAAUACCUAUCUGAAACCAGAAUCCCAAUCCGCCAUCAACAGAUCAUGAAAACUCUGGAAUACCAUUGUAUCUUGUAAAAUUAAUGGUGGUUCCAUUUGCCUCAAGCAUAUAAUCAUCUGGUCAGUAAUAUUUUAGACACUUGUUGCAAGUUGGGAAUUUUCACAAGCUUCAGGAAUCCAGCAGGGACCCUAGAAUUCUGUAUUAGAAAUUAACGAAAAAACACUAUUGUUCUAAAAUAACUAUUGUAUGCUGAAGCAUUCUGGAGCCAUUAUACUAUUCUUUAAUAUAAAAUGCAGGGUGUCAGUUCAGAGCCAGGGAACCGUGAUUGCAAAUCCAUAAAUUCCUACAGACAAAAGUGUUAUGUUUGGCGUGGAAACCUGGUAGAGAUCAGACACUUUUUGUGCUGUGGGAGUGGGCGGGGGAGAUCGAUGGAGAUCUGACCUCAACACCCCGAACAAAGAGUCGUGAGGACGUUAAGGAAGGAUGUUCGAGUCUCGGCCUCGGCUAUAUGGGUCUUCAGACAAACAAAAAUCGAAGUGAUUUAGAAUGCUCUAAGUUUAUUUACAUACAUCCAGAUAGCAUGUAAUUUAUCAGGUUUUGAGAGGAGUCUUAGUUGUCAAUAAAUCACAAUUCACUGGCCAGUUUAUUUAUCGAUAUUUUACGCUGCAGAUAUGCCUGAAAGUAAAUAAUAUUUAACAAAUGUCACAUUUCUAUGAAAAUAAAUGAUUUUUGAGGCUGUCAGCGAGCCGUGGCUUUAAUUAUUGAAGGGAGCCGGCGCUGGUGCAUGGUGCAUGGUGCUCCCGCUGCGCCCCCUGUGGGCGCUGCCGUCAAACAAAGCGCUGCUGGCCGCUCCACUCACUCUCAGCCCAUUACUCAAGCGUGGUUUGCACAAGCGUGAAGCAUUUUGCAGCCAAAUUUACUUUAGCAAGCAAUUUGCACCAAAUUACAGCGGCACAAAGAACGCGGGGGGGGUUUGGUGCAGAGGAGAGAGAGUGAUCUCCCGAGAAACGCUUGUCACUCGGUCGAGGAGAGGUUCCUGCAACUGCUACCCCUUCUUGGUGGAGUAUUUGAGAAACUCAUUGCAACCUGAAUGGACGGGCAUGGGGGAACCAGGCUUUCACUACCCUGGGGCUGAGCGCCCGACCACAGCCUUCACCUUCUUGCUGCUUUUCAUUUCGACGUUUGCCAAUACAGGGCAUUGCCAGCAGCAGUAUCAGUGCAGGAUCCAGAAGUGCACGACUGACUUUGUGGCCCUCACGUCGCAUCUGAACGCCGCUCUUAAUGCUUUCGCUUCCGAGUUCUGCAUCGCCCUGCGGGCUUAUGCCCUGUGCACGGGGCGGACGGCCAAAGCCUGCAGAGGCAACCUGGCCUUCCACUCGGCAAUGCUGGGCAUCAGCGACCUGAUGAGCCAGAGGAACUGUUCCCGUGAAGGGCCCACGUCGAUCGCAGCCCAGGACCUGGUGCCCAUCAGUCACAACAUGGGCUUCUGCGACUACGACAACCGGGGCCACCGCGCUGCAGCGGGCAUCGAGCUCCAGGCUGCCCGCCGCCGCUACGUCUUCUGCAGCUUGUUUGGCGACCCGCAUCUCAGGACUUUCAGGGAUCACUUCCAGACUUGCAAAGUGGAAGGAGCCUGGCCCCUGAUUGACAACGACUACUUGUCAGUGCAAGUAACCAAUGUCCCUGUUGUGCAGGGAUCCAGCGCUACAGCUACCAAUAAGAUAACCAUUAUAUUCAAAACCUAUCAUGACUGUACAGAUCAAAAGGUUUACCAGGCAAUGACAGAUGAUCUUCCCGCAGCGUUCAUAGACGGUACAACAGUGGGGAAUGGUUGGAUGAAGACUCUGUGGAUAGUAGAGAAAGCCAAUGGGAAACAUGUGGAGGUGCACGCAAAAUAUAUAGGAAUGACUGUCAUUGUGCGGCAAGUGGGACGUUACUUAACAUUUGCAUUGAGGAUGCCUGAGGAAUUGGCACUGAAUGAAAAUGACAGCCAGGGACUACAGCUUUGCGCUCGUGGCUGCCCGAUGAAUGAACGCAUUGAUGAAGGUGGUCAUCUCCCUCUUCUGGCCAAUAGUCAAAACCAUCCACAUCUUCCCCAGGUCCAACCAAAAGGUGCUUACACAUUGGAAAGUGCAACGGCCAAAUGCCAUGAAAAAAUCCAAGUAAAGGAUGUCUAUUUUCAUUCCUGUGUUUUUGACCUUCUGACAACAGGUGAUGUAAACUUUACAGCAGCAGCAUACAGUGCCCUCCAAGACUUGGAGGCACUGCAUCCGAAGAGAGAGCUGUGGCAUAUUUUCCCCAGGGGCAGCAGUGUUGCCCAGAACAACAAUGUAUUAUUUAACAUUUAUGUUGGACUGUUUUCUUUUGUUGUGAUUGUGUUUUUGUAGGUUUUUUAGUUUAUAAAAAUAUUAAAUAUAUAUUGUUAUAAUAUAUUCAGAAAAGUAUAUAUGUAUAUACAGUAUAUAUGAUGGGAUGGCAAUCCCAAGCAAACAUAAGAUUGUACAUAUUGUGUCAUUUGAAUUUAUUUGUAGUAUGUACUUUUUGUUGAAAGUUAUUUUGCAAGUUUGUGAGUUGAUAUCCCUACUGAAGGGUCUGUUGUUACAAAGGGCACUUUAUGUUUUGACCAAUGCUUAAAAUGGCUACCGGUAAAUGUGUUCAGAGUUACAUGGCUGUCUCUCAAAUCAGAAAGUUUGAUAUUCAGCAUCAGAAGGAUUACUAGUUGUGCUUUUUGGUUUCAAAAUGGAUAACUGUUGUAUACGCGGUGAUUGUCUAAAUAUGUAAAUAGUUAACUUAUUUAUAAACAAAAUGUCCUGCUAGAAGAACAUAGAGCAGAUUCUGUGCUAAUUCUUAUGUUCACUCUGCUGUGUUAGUGAUGCCACCUAGUGGAUUGCACUUGAGUUACUUCAGUGUUCAGGUGACCAGUGAUACUAAACCUAAUUUGUGAACUAUAAAAAAGGUCUUAAAUGCUUUUUAUAUUGUGAUGUGUUAGUUAUCCCUCCCAACCACUGCCCCACCACCCAAAAUAAUACAAAACCAGUAUUGAAUUGAAAUUCAAAAUGAAAAUCUGUCAUGGACCUUUUAUUCCAAACUAGUCUAUGUUUCCUUAGGUAUUUCCACGAACGAUAUUUUCAAAUUUCAGCUGCUUCACAGCAAUGGACGCAUCCAGUUCUGAUAAAUCAUUACACUUGUUUGUCUUUUAAGAUUGGGCUGAUCAAGAUGUUGUUUCCAGGCUUUACACAGUCUGCGCUUAACUGUUUAGAGAAUCAUGAGCAGUAUGUGGUAGACUUCCUAGUGUCUCAUUCUUCACGGAUACUUUGAUUAUCUGAUACUGUGGAUGCAUUAUUCACCAAUAUGCUUCAAUUUUUGCAGCAAUUUCACCUGAUUCAUUAUUGCAUUGUUAGCAAACAGCGCAAUCAAAUUAUGGUAGAUUACCCUGUUGGUUUGUGGGAUUCACGAGCCAAUUCAUUUGGGAAUGGGAUCUUGCCAAGUGAAAAGCAACCACUUACAAAUUGGCAUCAUCAAAAUUUUAUAAACGGCAAAGUAAUUUUCUUGCAUAUGUCUAUGCAUGGUUUAAUAAAGCUUUUACUGAGAUGGAGCCAAUUAGAAUAGACAGUAGUCAAUAGGUGCAGGAGUAGGCCAUUUGGCCCUUCGAGCCAUUCAAUGUGAUCAUAGCUGAUCAUCCCCAAUCAGUACCCCGUUCCUGCCUUCUCCCCAUAUCCCCUGACUCCGCUAUUUUUAAGAGCCCUAUCUAGCUCUCUUGAAAGCAUCCAGAGAACCUGCCUCCACCGCCCUCUGAGGCAGAGAAUUCCACAGACUGGUACUAAAUACAUUAAUGGCUGCUGAAUUUUCCAGUGUGCACACUCCAACCACCAGGAUUUGCCAACCCUUGGCAUCUGAAAUGCAAAACGGAUUCUCAUGAUGAUGAAGGAAUCUCCUUGUCUUACUUUAGGAAAGUCUAGCCAAAUUAUUUUAAAGAGGUUCUCAUACACUGUGAUUAGUUCCUUUCAAAUCGAGACCAAUAAACACUUGAGCAAUGACCACACCAUAAAUAUAUGCUUGCAGGGCAAAGGUAUUGAUGGGGUUUAUACAAGUUAGAAAUUAAUUGUGUUUGUUUUGUGUAGCUGCUAACUGGCCUGCCGGAAACUGCACUAUUACUGAGCAUAUUUAUCACAUCAAAAAGAUGUAUUUUCUCUUCAGAACAAUAUAUAGAAAUAUAGACCAGAUGUCGGGUCAUUCUUGAGCCCCUUUUUUUGUGGUAAAAAGCUGGUGAUGCCAGUAAGGUUAGACCAGUUUCACAAAGUAUCUUAUGUACCACCUGCUUUUGUACUUGGCUUCCAUUCCUUUUUCAUCAAACUGCAAAGCGGAAAACCUGCAAGUUUGUGUAUUUAAAGUUGAUAUUGAAAUCAAACAUGCUGAUAAACAUGCAUUAAAAUUAUGUUAGGAAGUACAAA